AGUCUGAAUUAGAAUCUUCUAGGAAGAAGUACUUUCCGCAAAACACCGAAAAGGCUACGAAGUGGGCAAUCAAAGCUUUUACGGAAUGGGCUGAAAUUAGGAAGGAAUCUGGAAGAGAGGCUCCUUCAUCUGACAUAAUGCUAACGGGCAGUGCUAAAGCCGUUUGUGACGCAUUGUGUCGUUUUGUCUCUGAAAUACAACAGCAACCAGAUGGUGAGUUUAAACCACUUCACACUUGUCUAGAGAAUCUCUAUGUAAAGCUGCAUGACCAAGGAGUAGGUACGACAAAAGUUCAAGCUAAUGUCGUUAUAGCAGAAGAGGAACAACAACUUUGGGAAAGCGGUGUGUUUAGCAAUCAAACGCCUGAGGGACUACUAAAUGCUGUGUUUUAUUAUAAUGGUGUGAAUUUUGUACUCAGAGGAGGAGAAGAGCACCGAAGCUUAAAAUUAUUUCAGUUUGAUUUUGGUAGCAUACCAGAUCCAGAGUUUCCUGGCAAAUCACUGGAGUAUGUCGAUUAUAGUUAA